UCUCUCUCUCUCUCUCUGUGCUUCGCAGAUUCUCUCACUAGUCACUAGCACUGUGGGGGGAGUGGAGGGAGAGAGAACUUCAAAUACCAUAUACCCACUGGAGGGCUCAUCUCUCUAAAGCUUUCACACCAUUCUCUCCCAUUUUCAGUGCAGGGUUGAGGGAGUUAAUUGCAACAAUAUCAUGAAAUCUAAGCAUAAUUCUUCAGGAAACAGAACAAGAAGCACGAUAUCCAUAUUCGUUGUUAUUGCUCUGUGUUGUUUCUUCUACCUUCUUGGAGCACGGCAAAAGAGUGGUUUUGGAAAAGGAGAUAGCAUAGCAUUUCCAGUAACCAAGCAGACAGAUUGCAGCAAUGUCUUUACUAAUUUGAACUUUGAAACACUUCACAACAUUGAGGAGAUAGUUGAACCCUCUGAACCUAAAGUCAAAGAGUUCAAGCCUUGUGAUGUUAAGUAUGCUGAUUAUACUCCUUGUCAAGAGCAAGACCGAGCAAUGAAAUUCCCCAGGGAAAAUAUGAUAUACAGGGAAAGGCAUUGUCCACCAGAAGAGGAAAAAUUGCAUUGUCUUAUUCCAGAAUGGAAAGGAUAUAUGACUCUUUUCCCCUGGCCUAAAGGCCGUGACUAUGUCCACUAUGCCAACAUCCCUUAUAAAAGCCUGACAGUUGAGAAAGCUGUUCAGAACUGGGUGCAGUUUCAGGGAAAUGUUUUCAAAUUUCCAGGUGGAGGAACAAUGUUCCUCCAAGGCGCUGGUGCAUAUAUUGACGAACUAGCAUCAGGUAUUCCGAUUUCAGAUGGCUCUGUCAGGACCGCAUUGGAUACUGGUUGUGGUGUUGCAAGUUGGGGUGCAUACUUGCUAAAGAGAAAUGUAUUAGCCAUGUCCUUUGCACCACGGGAUAAUCAUGAAGCACAAGCGCAGUUUGCAUUGGAGCGAUGUGUACCUGCUGUUAUUGGUGUGCUUGGAUCAAUUCGUCUCCCAUACCCAUCUAGGGCCUUUGAUAUGGCUCAGUGCUCUCGGUGUUUAAUUCCAUGGACUGCAAAUGAUGGGAUGUACCUAAAAGAAGUUGAUCGAGUCCUUAGACCUGGUGGAUAUUGGAUCUUGUCUGGACCUCCAAUUAAUUGGAAGACAUACUACAAAACAUGGAAGCGGUCUAAGGAGGAUGUCCAGACAGAGCAAACACAGAUUGAAGCACUAGCUGAAAGUCUUUGCUGGGAGAAAAAGUAUGAGAAAGGAGAUAUGGCUAUUUGGAAGAAAAAAGUUAAUACAAAAUCCUGCAAAAGCAAGUCUGUCAAUGUAUGCCAGACAGAGGAUGCUGAUGAUGUCUGGUACAAGAAAAUGGACACAUGCGUAGCCCCCUCUCCUGAGGUAACCAAUGCAAAUGAAGUAGCAGUGGGGGCGUUGAAGUUUCCUGCAAAGCUUUAUGCAGUCCCUCCAAGAAUAGCUAAUGGUUUAGUUGGUGGAGUUACUACUGAAUCUUACCAAGAGGAUAAUAAACUUUGGAAAAAGCAUGUAAAUACUUAUAAAAGAAUCAACAACUUGAUUGGCACUACCAGAUAUCGGAAUGUCAUGGAUAUGAAUGCAGGCCUUGGAGGAUUUGCAGCAGCCCUUGAAUCACGAAAAUCUUGGGUUAUGAAUGUUGUGCCUACAAUUGCAAAGAACACUUUAGGUGUUAUUUAUGAGAGAGGUCUCGUUUGGCAUUUAUCAUGACUGAUGAGAUGAACACCAAACAAAUGGCAAGAUUCGCAAGGCGCCAGCCCAAAUGGAAAUCGACGGCCCCCAACGAAUCCUGAAGACCGAAGCCGUGCAUCCCAUGGCUGCCCCCCAACGAGCCCAACCAAGCUGGUUCGAAGCGGACGAUCGUUCUGUGGAAAUGAAACAGUGGGGAGAGUUUGCAUCCAAAGAGAGAGGGGCAAAAAGGGAACAUAAAGAAAAAUUUAGUAAAGGGCAAAAUCGACAAUUCACUAUUCCUAAGGAACAGAUGACAAAGACCAGGAGCCUAGCCACCUAAUCCUCCUCCCUCCUUCCGACAUUACAGAUUAACAGGCGCUCCUCCCACCUAACCUCGUCUCCAACAAUGCUAUGUCUGGACUAAACUACCCUCCCAUCUAUCCAUCCCUGGACCAGAACAGAACUAGACAGUGGACCCUCCAGAUAAACAUAGGAUGACAUGCGACCACCAACCAAAGACCAAAAUGUAUGUAAUAUGAUAUUCGUUGUCUCCAAUGCAAAAAGUCUUCCCACCCACUCUCAUCCAGGAAAAGCCAAAAAAAAACAACUGCCAACAAUGAAUGGGAAUUGAAUUGCUUUGGUUCUAUCAUCUAUACAACAAAGGAAACCACCAAAGGC